UUCAGAGAGCAAAUUUUCACCAGUGCGGACGUAGAACAGGCUCGAAUCAGGCGUAUUUUUUUUUAUUUAUAGGAAAACCGAACAUAAAGAAAACCAGAAGUAAUCUGCACAAGGAAGAGUAUAUCUAGAGCUACCUUAGAGUGGAGCCAGCGAAGGAAUUCUUUUUACGGCAACCGUUUUAGGUGUCCUGCAAAACAUAACCUGAAAAAAAGCAACGCCUGAACCUGAAACGAUUUAUUGCAUCCGAAAUUCCUAGCUCCUGCGACACUACAACAACAAAAACCCACAGCACAGCAAGCGACCAUAAAUACAUAGUAUGAAUGUCGCCUAAAUAUCAUCAUUUCGAGAUUGCACUGGUCUACUUUCUGCUGCUGAUACCAUGGCCGCCCACGAAUGUCAUCAAGAUUUUGUGCUCGCGUGAUAACAGCCGGCUGGUGCGCAAAAUAGUGCGCUCCAAAUGGACGCCCAUAUUGGAUAAGCAUCAGGUGAAGCUCCCUUUGGAGUGCCCGCUGCAUCCGUUUCGGGAUGUCUUUGCCCCGCGCCAAGAUGCCAAGCAGCGUGAUCGCCCCACCCAGUGGACGUGUCGUCGCUGUGGCAAGAGCUUCUAUCAGGAGCGGCACUUGGAUUUGCACUUUGACACACGCCACAAGACGAUCAUCAACGAGGCAAUGGACUCCAUUUGUCUGGCCGACUUCUGUGACAUUAUGCGCUGCGAGGUGUUCGAAACGGAGGAUGCCAACAGCCUCAAGUUUGGGGAUCACAUUGUCACAGACGUUGAAGUCUGGGGCGAUUCACUGGGCCAGAAUUCCGCAUUGGCCAAAGCGAAUGCCGCAUACUUGAGCUUAAUACCAAGAACUUCCACAUUGGGUGCCUCGCGUGCCGCCAAAGUACAAAACCGUCAAUUACUCCAAGACAAGCCAAUCCAGUCGUCGAGCAGCAGCAGCAAGGAGCAGCAAACGCCGGCAGUCAACCCUCUACGCUUAGAUCCAGCAGGAGAGGAUGGCUCAGCGGCCAGGCCCAAGUCCGCUGGUGAGAAGCUGCUGAAUAAACUCAAGGAGCUGGGCCUCAAGCGAGGCGGCGGCGGCGGCGACUCCACUGAGCCUGACGCCGAAACAAAGCUAAACGAAACGGAGGAGGAGGAGGAGCAAAGCGGUGACGAUGCAGAGGCCAGUGGCCAGCAGGAUGCAGCCAAAAUGGAGGAGGGUUCAGGCAGCGGCAAUGGCGUCAAGGCCAGAGCCAACUGCAAGCCCGAGGAGCUGAGCAAACUGAAGACUCGCUGCGAACUGCUGCUGAGGAGCUGCAUAGGGGGAUUGCUGCUGUCCAUGUCCGAUCAGGCCUUCAAGGAGAUGGAAGAGGAGAUGAACAAAGCCGUUUGCUGGUACCUCACCUGCGAUCGUUAUUGGGAGGAUGGUCCCUUGGAGCCGCGUGCCUUCCCCUGGGGCCUCAUUGUCAUACUCAUCUUUGUGCUAUCGACUGGCAUUUGCUUUUGUUAUUACAUCAUUUGGAUACUCUUCGACUCCGAAGAGACGACAAUCAAUGCCAACAAUCACUACGCGCCGGGACACGGACUCGGCGGCAUGCACAGCAGCAGCGGCAGCAGCAGCAUCUACAUGCCCGGUGCCCACCAUCAUUACCAUGUCGACUAUGCGACGCGACACGACCUCGACCUGGACGCCGGCGGGAUACCUGGUCUGACAGCGGACCAGCAGCUGGAGCUGGAGAUGGAGCAGCAGCAACGCGAACAGCAGCAGCAGCAGCAGUACUACUACCAGCAACAGCAGCAGCAACAGCAAGCGGCAGCCGCUCGAGAUUUGUACCCCGAAGCAGUGCAAUAUCAUCGGCACAGUCCGCGUCACUACAUCGCCGAUCCGCGUCAAGUGGGUCAGGGUCAGGGACAGGGACAGGGACAGGGCACACCCACAGCCGGGGGCGUACGCCAAGUGGUGGUAUCGUCCUCCUCCAACGCCAAUACGCCACUGCACCAUCAUCCGCUCCAGCAUCAGCAGCAUCAGCAGCAACAGCAUCAACAGCAGCAGCAUCAGCAGCAACAGCAUCCGCAUCUGCAGCAUCGCCAUUCGACGAGCCUGGGCUACCCACAGGACAUUUUAGACCGACGCGACUAUACAAGUAGCACUGGCAGACCCAUGGCCACCAGUGUGGUGAGCAGUGCAUCCGCCUCUGGCAUCGGAGGUGAGGGCCAGCAGCGCCACUACAACACGCAUCCACGUCCACUGGAGACGCGUCAUCGGCAUGUGGGCUCCUCGCAGCAAUCGCUGCGCGCCUCCUCCUCCAACCAGGAGAUUGUGCAGAAUGAGGCGGGACUGGGACAGAAUGAGCACUACAUCUAUGUCACGUAUCCGCCGGAUCUGAAGAAGCGCUACUUCGAUAGCUACGAGUAGGGCAACCGCUCGGCAGAGAGGAUCAGCAGGGGAGAAGGGACUCAGAGCUGAUAUUACUAUGGAGACUGCAGAGUGGAGCCUUCACAGCAGACAGAGAGACAGAGAGACCAAAGAGCCCUCGUUGGAGAGCACAAAA